GCUGUCGUUGCCGUUUCCCGUACCUUCUGCGGGCAGCGCCUGAAGAAAGAUAUAACUGACUGGCAUGUCCUCCCGCUCUCGGGUUACUUUUCAACCUAUCAUGGCAUAUGGAUACACAGUGAUCUCAUAACUUCUACACCACUCUGCACAUCAAUAUCCAGCUCGGAACGGCAUCGUCCUGGGUCGUCAGCCAAUCAACCUGCUUCUACCUCGUAGUAUGUAUAUCCGGGACGGCCUGGAUAGGUCUUGGAGGGAGGAAUGACAUGGAGUAUUGCUCAUGCGUAGGGAGGUAUAUAAGCACUCCCGAGUGGAGGUGGAGGGCGACACGCUCUCAAAUCUGGGCUCGACCCUCUGCAUUUACGCGUGUCUGCAUACGGCAUUAUAGUAUUGCUGGGCAUGCCCCGCUGAAACGGAAAGUGUGGGACUCUGUGGAUGAAGCUGUCAAAGACGUGAAGUCUGGAGAUACUCUGUUGAGUGGAGGAUUUGGAGUAUGUGGAACUCCAGAGACCUUAAUAUCGGCUCUCGCAAGGCGAUCAGGAGUCAACAACCUUAUUGCAGUCUCAAAUAAUGCGGGAGCAGGGGAGGGUGGUUUGGUGAAGUUACUUCGAACGAAGCAACUGAACAAGCUAGUCAUAUCGUAUCUUGGUGGCAAUAAAUACUUGGAGAAAAUGUACCUGGGUGGAACGAUGUCACUCGAGCUAGUCCCUCAAGGCACUCUUGUAGAACGGAUACGAGCUCAUGCUGCUGGCAUACCAGCUUUUUUCACUCCGACUGGUGCCUCUACAGUUGUCGAGACCGGUGGCAUACCUAUUCGGUUCAAAGACGGAGGAUUCAAAAGUGGUGUCGCUAUAACCGGGAAUAAAAAAGAAUAUCGAGAGUUUGGUGGAAAGCGUUAUGUUAUGGAACCAGCUAUUGCUGGGGAUGUCGCUUUCAUCCAUGCAUGGAAAGUGGACGAGGUCGGCAAUUGUGUGUUCAGGUAUACGGCGAAUAAUUAUAAUGCUUCUAUGGCUAAAAAUGCGAAGCUUACCAUCGUGGAGGCAGAGCAGAUAGUUCCAGUUGGCUCGAUCUCCCCUAAUGCUAUCCAUGUGCCGGGAAUCUACGUGGAUCGUAUUGUUCGUGCGACUGAACCGCGAUUAAUAGAAGCCCGAACUACUGUUCCCAGCCCAGAAGCUCAGGUGAACCCUGUCUCACAAUCUAAAACCAACAACAAUCGUCGUCUCCAGAUCGCGAGACGGGCAGCACAGGAAAUUCAAGACGGCUUCCACGUCAACCUAGGUGUCGGUAUACCAACCUUGGUUACUGAGUGCUUAGAACCGGGAGUAAAAAUCUGGCUGCAAAGCGAAAAUGGCAUACUUGGGAUGGGUCCAUUCCCUACAGAGUCUCAGGUUGAUGGUGAUAUCAUCAAUGCUGGAAAGGAGACUGUCACGCUUUUGCCAGGCGCGUCUGUCUUUGACUCAAGUGAUUCCUUCGGCAUGAUUCGCGGCGGUCACAUUGAUGUAGCUAUACUUGGGGCUAUGCAAGUAUCGCAGGCUGGUGAUAUCGCAAACUUCAUGAUACCGGGCAAACUUGUUAAAGGUAUUGGCGGCGCUAUGGAUCUUGUUUCAAACCCUGAGAAGACAAAAGUAAUCGUUGCGAUGGAACACUGUGCCAAGGAUGGAAGUUCGAAAAUACGCAGGGAGUGUUCGUUGCCAUUGACUGGUGCGCGAGCGGUCAGCCAGAUAAUAACGGACCUAGCUGUCUUCAAUGUCGACAGACAUGGUGGGAUACUGGAGCUCAUUGAGUUGGCGGAAGGAGUAAGUUUGGAGGAAGUCCAAGCGAAAACCGAUUGCGACUUCCGGAUAGCGGGCGAUGUUAAGACGAUGCAGAUCUGAAUAGACUACGUAGAGAUUGAGUAAAUGCGGUACAGCGCAGCGGACGAGACUGUGCAGUUGUACUAGAUGGAGAUAAGAACAUAUUUUUUGAUGUUUAUCUAGGCUACUUACAGGAUGCCGAGAAGGGUGGGGCCUCACGGGUAUUCAUGAAUUUUU